UUGACCUAAUAUACAUUCUCAGGUAAUGGACCCUCCUUUGUCACCUUCCUUCGCCCAGCGACUCAACUCGCACAGGCAGCGCUUCGCCGAGCGAGUUUCGGAGUUGAGAUCGAACCCUCAGAUGGGAUUGUACAGGCCAAGGUUUUUGCAUCCGCUCUAUGCCAGCGUGAAUCCCUUUGACGCCGACCUGGAUGAUCCGCAACGAGAUCAAAUCUACGACAGCGACAUGAUCACCACAGUGACGCCCAAUCACCGGAUCCAGGCUUGGGACAUUUCAGAUUGGAGCAUACCAAAUAUAGGGAUUGUUACGAGAAAUGUUGUGGUCAGUGAGUGCAAGAUUCACAAUGAUGCUAGUGUUGAUGUUGCUAAAGAUGGAACUAUUUUGGUGACCCUUUUGCCUUCCGGCGGUUAUUUGAAUGUCACUAAUAGGUUAGGUGAGUAG